AUGGCGCCGAUACGACUUUCCUUGGUGGAUGUCUCUCACUCGGCGGAGGCUGAAUUAAAGCAAGAAUCGAUUUUUUGUCUCCUCCGGCAGACUGACCGCCACAUCGCCGCCGCCUUCCGCCAACAGCCACCCGUUUCACGCCCACCUUCCGGCCACCGGAGCAUCGUCGCGCAGCCGCCUCCGCCUGUACCUGCACAACCUCCGCCGCCCAUCAUCUCGUCGCCAGUUUCUGCCCGUCGCCGCUUUUCAGCCCCCUGUUGCUCUCUUUCUCAACUCGCCGUCGCCAUAAAAACCAGUCAGACAUGUCGCGCGCCUCCAUCAACACCCCGACUCUGGCAACGUCGCGGUGUCGCUUAG